GCAGAGUCCGGAGAUGGCCGCCACCAUGAAGAGAACGGCAGUAGAAGAUGUUAAUGUUACCUUUGAAGACCAACAGAAGAUUAAUAAAUUUGCAAGAAAUAAUAACAGGCUCAUAGAACUUAGGGAAGAAAUAGAACUGAAAAAGAAACAGUUACAGAAUCUAGAAGAUGCUUCUGAUGAUAUCAUGAUGCUUGAUGAAGAUGCUGUGUUGGUGCCUUAUCAAAUUGGAGAAGUAUUUAUUAGCCACUCCCAGGAUGAGACACAGGAAAUGCUGGAAGCUGCAAAGCAAAGUCUUCAAGAUGAGAUCCAGGCUUUACAGUCUCGCGUGGAAGCCAUUCAGCAGGUGUUAUCCGAUCUGAAAGUUCAGCUCUAUGCAAAAUUUGGAAACAACAUAAACCUUGAAGCAGAUGACAACUGAGCUGUUUAGUUUCACCAAUCACAUCUCAUUCAGUUGAAUGAUUAACUUUUCAGAUUGGACAGCUAUUGCAGUUUGUUUUAGAAAUGGCAAUUUAAGAAAAAAAGUCAUCAUUUUUGUUAAUUAUUAUGGACUAUCUUUUAACAUUUUUGAUCUACAGCUCCAUUUAUUUGAUGGAAAUCUUUUUAUACUUGCUUGCACUAGUUAUUUAUUUGUUACGGUGAUUUCACACUUUAAUUUUUGAAAUGUCUGUAAAACAUUUAGAUCUGAAAUCCUGUAUUACAAAAAACACAAGUUUAUGUUUAGCAUUCAAAUUCAAGUUUAUUAUUUUGAAUGCAUUAUCGUAUGCAGACAAUGUGCAUUCUGGUCAACCUGCACAAUCCCCCUUCUCAAUAAAAGAAUUAAGUUGUCACAAUGCUAAA